AUGUCUCAGAAGCAGCAGCUGCGCCAGAUCACCCAAGUGCAUCUACGUAAAAUCAAGACCGCCGAGGCAGAAUGGAAAGAUCGCGCCAAAGACAUUGCAGAUGGACGAGCCAAAUCCAUGCUCGAGAAGUUGGAAGAACGAGGCCUCGUCAAUCAAGUUGUUGGAAAUCGCGAUGAGCUUGAGAAGGUUCUGGUCGAGCGCCGAGUUGGUGUGUACUGUGGUGUUGACCCAACCGCUGCCUCGCUACAUAUCGGUCAUAUGGUGCCGUUCAUGGCGCUUGGCUGGAUGUACAUUCAUGGAUAUGCGUCAACUUUUCUGCUUGGUGGAUUUACUUCCUCGAUUGGCGACCCUACCGAUCGGUUGACCGCACGUCCUGGUCAGAAACGGGAUGAACGCCGGAACAAUAUGAUGAACAUGUUUGAGCAAUUGAAAAGAUUGAGCGUCAGGAUUGAGAAGUACGCCGAAAGAAGGGGAUACUCGAGGGAAUGGGCCUGGCGUAGAGGAGUGCUAAACAAUAACGAAUGGUGGGCCAAAGUGACUGUCAAAGACUUUAUGAAGAUCCUCGGAAGCGUGACAAGAGUUGGACCGAUGCUAGGAAGAGACUCUGUGAAGAACCGGCUCACCAAGGGUGAUGGUAUGUCUUUCGCCGAGCUAUCCUAUCCACUCAUACAAGCGUGGGACUGGUGGCACCUAUACCAGACCGGCACGCAGAUACAGAUCGGAGGUGCGGACCAAUUUGGGAACAUUCUCGCAGGUGCAGAGGCUGUGAAGGGCAUCGUAGCGACGAACACGGCAUUUCAAAUGAAGCACGAGGCGGAUAUGCAAGGUUUCGCGACAACAAGUGAUCCGAUGGGAUUUACAGUACCCCUAUUGACGACCUCAUCUGGAGAGAAGUUUGGGAAAAGCGCUGGGAAUGCCAUCUGGAUCGACAAACAGCUAACCAGCAGCUUCGAUCUAUACCAGUUCUUCCUUCGUUCUGCUGAUGAGGACAUCGAGAAGUAUUUGAAAAUGCUCACCUUCAUGCCCAUGGGCGAGAUCAAAGCUGUUAUGGAGGAACACCUUCAGGACGCCUCGAAACGAACCGCGCAACACAGACUAGCUUUCGAGUUUGUAGAGUUGGCCCAUGGCUUAGCAGAUGCGGAGGCUGCAAGAGACCAGCAUAAACAAGCUUUCUCCAAGACUUUAUCUUUGCAAGAGGUCAAAGAGCAGAUGCAGUCCGAAGCCAGGAUCUCUUCUCAGGACCGUCGGCCACCAGCUUUGCAUCCCUCCAUCAACAAACAUGCUGCACCUCUCGACAUGGAUUCAACUCACAACAUUAACAUCAAGUUACCUCGAUCGCUGGUCGAGCAGCAGCCGCUUCCGCGUGUCUUGUGGUCAGCUGGCCUGGUCGCAUCUCGAAGCGAGGGUCAACGACUAAUCAACAACAAAGGUGUCUACAUCGGAGGACGUAUCAGUCAAGACGGUCAGCCCAUACCCAUGACGGACCAGGUCUCCUAUGUUGCUGUCAAGGAUUCUAAGUGGAGCUGGUAUGCGCCGCUGAUAGUCGACGAUCUCAUUGUCUUGAGAGUGGGCAAAUGGAAAAAGAAAUUUAUACAAAUCGUGUCGGACGAAGAGUAUGAAGCUUCCGGUGAAACCUGUCCAGGCUGGAAAGAUGAGACGGAGACUGCUGCUGAUCCGCAGGUCAUGGCUGAUCUGGCUGGAGAAGAAACCCACCGUAAGCUGGGCAAACAGAAUGCGGCAACAAAAGAGCAGAGGAGGAGAGAUCAAGCGUCGUUACGAUCUGGUGGCUUUGGUGUGGUCUUAGAUGCACAAAUGAGGAAGGACUAG